CGAAUACGACGAUCGGGAUUCAGGCUAACUCACACUACACACCACUUACUCUUUCGUGCUCGUUGCGAAAUUGGGUCAAUGAAGACGCAAUUGAUAAGCUGCCACACAUUGUCGGCAGAUUCGUUGCAAAGAUGAGGGGUCCUCAAUGGGCUUGCGUCUCGAACCGUCUUAGUCCUGUGCCUUUCUCUCAUUGGCCAAGCACAGUACCUGGACCGGUGGGUACAACCCUCCCCUGGAGCAUGCAUGCCAUUUCGAGCCAAUUUUGCAACAUCAUGAUGCAUAAUGCCUGACUAUCAGGGAAUGAUGUCUUUGAUCGCGGUUCACAAGAGCGGCAUGUCGAUGGAAAAAUGGAAAGAGGGGAAAGUAUAAGAAUCGGGCAAGUGGCCUCGUGGUCACUGUUCAGUCAGGGUCGAACGUGCAUCUUGCCACCUUCAACAUCAAAGAACACUCGCCAGUCCCGUCUUGAUCCAGCAACACCAAAAGCUUGCAAGCAGAUACCUUACGUAUCGAGAUACCUCUGACCGAAUACACAUAUUGAGCAACUCGAAUCACCGACCGUACAGCAUGUCUUCCACCAUCAACACCGUCGCUGUCCUCGGUGGCACAGGCAACAUAGGCACCCACAUAGUCCGCGGCCUCCUUGUCGGCGGUUUCACCGUGACCAUCCUCACCCGCGCCAAUUCCUCCUCCCCGCGUCCCACCUUCGACCCAUACCCCGUCCGCUUCCUUGAAGUCGACUAUUCCUCCCCUUCCUCCCUGGCCUCCGCUUUCCAAGGCCAAGACGCCGUGGUCUCGACCAUCGCUACCGGUGCAGUGCAAGAGCAAAUGAAGGUUAUUGAUGCGGCUAUCGAAGCGGGCGUGAAGAGAUUCGUGCCGAGCGAGUUUGGAGUUCACACGCGCAAGGAAGGGGUGGAGAAGACGAAGCUUGGGGGGUUGUUGGAAGGAAAGAGGGCGGUGGUCGAUUACCUCAUUAGCAAGGAGGGAGAUAUCAGUUGGACUGGGUUGUCGACGGGGCUCUUUUUUGAUUCGGCGUUGUCCAAGGGUCUGGCUGGAAUCAACGUCAAGAACGGCACGGCAACCAUUGUCGACUCCGGCAACGAACUCUGGCCCGCCUCCCUACGGUCUCACGUCGGCCGCACCGUCUCCGAAAUCCUGCGCCACCCCGACCUCACCAAGAACCAGUACCUCGCUACGGCGUCGUUCAACGUGUCACAGAACCAACUUGUCAAACUCGUCGAGGAGCUGACGGGCAAGAAGCUGGAGGUUACCAAUGUCAGCUCAAAGGAUAUUCUCCAGCAGGGUGACGAGAAGUUGAACAAGGGAGAUUAUAUUGGCGCGUUUGUGGCGUUUUUGCAGGUCCAUUUCUUGGCAGACGGGGCGGGGAAUAAGUUGGAAGAGCAGGAGAGUGCGAAUGAGAAGUUGCGGUUGCAGACGGAGGACGUAAAGGCGGCGCUAAGAGGGUGGUUGGAGAGUGAGGGUUUGUUGGCUGCUUAAGGGUUGACUUUGUAGUUCUUGGGCUGGAUGUUUAUGACUGACGGGAUUAUGCAGUUAUUUAAGCUUGCGGUACCGAAUUGAUAUUUCUUUUGAACGA